UGUAAACCCCAUAUCUGGGACACUGCAUAUCUUGCUCUCUGAAGGACAGCGGGUAUCUUAUUUUGUCCGGAGAGAGCUUCAAGGUCUCAUAAGGGCAUACGAGGACACAGAGCCGAGAUUGUGUUACGGAGCGUCGUCAUCAGACUGUGUUGCUUGCUUGCGGACGUCUUCAAAGCAUCUGCGCGCGGUCGAACCCCCCGUAGUGUGUGUGUGCGUCAGAGACUGUAAAAGCCGUAAGCUCGAUCAUUUAAAGAGCCGUGUUGCGGUCAAGUGCCUCUGUGUAGACGCUGCGUUAGAAGAGACAUGUACGUAAAACUGUGCAAUUUCGGCAAGUACGCAGACAGGAAGUCUGAGCCGAAAAAGCUGCAGCCGGAUUCAGAUGCAUCACCCGAUAUUCACCGGAAGGCUCGCGUUUACCGCAUCAUUUCACUGGUUCUUGUUGUCAUCUGCGUCUUUCUGUUGAUUGUGGUCCUUGUACUGUUAAUUAAGUUGACUGGGACAGGGACUGAGCCAUGUCAGAUGGUAGAGGAGACGAACAGUUCUCCACCAGAACAGGAAUGCAGCAUGAAGAAAUGCCAAGAGGUUUACCACCAACAUUUUGGAGAAACUCAACAUCUGUGCAGUAAUUGUGGCAAAGGCUGGCUGAGAUUCGAUAAUACUUGUUACUUCCUGUCUCCAACCCGUCUGACCUGGCAGCAGAGCAGGGAGGAAUGCCAGAAGAAGGGAGGAGAUCUUGCCGUCAUUACUAAUGAACGUGUGCAGAUGUAUCUGAGCAGGAAAGGGAAGUUAAACUACUGGAUUGGGCUAAGUCAAGUGGAGACAAAUGAAUGGACAUGGAUUAACAACACUGUAUUGACAGUGAGAUAUUGGGGAGAUGAUUCCUCUCCAGGAGACUGUGCCAUUCUGGCUGCAAAUGAACCACAUGAACGGAGCUGGCGCCCAUUUAACUGCAAGUUACAUUUACAGUACAUCUGUCAGAAGAUCUAGAUGUCAGAAGAUCAACUACUCCAAUCAAAACCAACUAUACAUCUGGAUAUCAUAACUCAACACUUAAUCUAAUCAUCAGAAAUAGGGGCAUAUAGCGAUAGAAACUAUAGAAACUUUUUAGAACAGUUUUAUUUGGAUUACAACUGGACUCAUUUCUAACUACUUAUCAUUUACACAAAGCUUGUUUAUUUGCACUAAAUAUGGCUAAUAUUCACAUGAUAAUGUACUGAAUUGCACAUGCCUUCUUUUUGAAAUGUCUCUUUUUGAUUAAACUUCCACCUUUAUAUGUAACAAUAUUGAUGGUGCACACCUAUAUGUUUGCAUAUUAUUAAACAGUAAAAUAAUACAGAA